AUGGACAACUACACAUCAUCACAGAUCUCGACGGACGGCUCGUCUCUGUCCGCGGGCUCACCUCUUACCAACUCCCCUCUCAGCACACCUGACACCACCGACCUCGAAGAUGCGCCACCUCUGAAUGUAUCAGACAACCAUGGGCUGGGGCUUGGGCUCCACUCCGGAACAUCUGACCCUACAUUCGUUCUCGUCAUUGGCGGUCUUGGCUUCAUUGGAUCACACACAGUCCUUGAGCUUCUACGGGCGGGUUUCAAUGUCAUCGUGGUGGACAACCUGAGCAACAGCUAUGAGAGCGUGCUGCACAACAUCAAGACCAUUGCUGGCAAAGAGUACAAGGAGAGGAACGCACAGAUGCCGCUUGUCCACUUCCACCGCGUCGACUACAGGAGCCGCUCAAUGCGCUUCCUCCUGGAGAGCUACACAGACCUCGUCCCCGUGCGGGAGAGCUCACCAUCGCAAUCAGACUCGGAUGAUUCUGACAGGCAGCGUAUGACCUACCAGUCGCGCAUCACGGGCGUGAUCCACUUCGCCGCCUUUAAGUCGGUAUCGGAGUCAAUCGACAAGCCGCUCCAGUACUACAACAACAACGUGUGUGGGCUCGUCUCCCUCCUCGAGCUGCUCGACAAGUUCUCCAUCCGAAACUUCAUCUUCAGCAGCUCGGCCACCGUCUAUGGCUCCAAGGCCAACGCGGGCAUCCGCCUGCGGGAAGAAGACCUUGUUCACCUUCCAGAAACCGCCCACGACCCGGCGACCAAUGAGACCGUCGAGCUCACACCCGCCGUCGCCGGCUUGACGUGCCCCUACGGACGGACAAAGUACAUGGCUGAGGCCAUCCUGGCAGACCUCGCCGAGGCGGACGACCGAUGGCGCAUCAUCGCGCUGCGCUACUUCAACCCUGUCGGCUGCGACCCGUCGGGACUGCUGGGCGAGAACCCCCGAAACGUCCCCACCAACCUGUACCCUGUCAUCACACAGGUCCUCACUGGCGACCGGCCCAAGCUCGACGUCUUCGGGUCUGACUGGGACACGCGAGACGGCAGCGCAGUCCGAGACUUUGUGCACGUGCUGGACGUCGCACGUGGGCAUAUCGCUGCCCUGCGGCCCGCGCCAGCGGUCAAGAAGGUCGAGUCGGCCCCUGACUCGAGCGCUAAGCUGGCCACCGGAUUCCGCGCCUACAACCUCGGCAGCGGCAACGGCACGACUGUCAUCGAGGCCGUGCGCUCGCUAGAGCAGGCCGCGGGGAAGCCCAUCCCCGUCAACAUGCAAGGCCGCAGGGCCGGCGACGUCGGCAGCUGUGUUGCCAGCAACGAGCGCGCGUCACGCGAGCUCGGCUGGACGCCACGCGAGAGCAUCACGCAGUGUGCUGUGGACCUGUGGAACUUUGUGAGCAAGGUCGUCACAGUCAAGCCGGCUGCAUGA